AGUAUAUGUAUAACCCAACCCACACCACUCUACUCCCAAAAUUAUAAACCCCGCCGCUCGUUAUCAGUUAUCGCAACCCUAAAAUCCUAUUAUUCAAUGCGGAGAAAUGGUCGGGAUUUCGCGUUCUAUUAAGCUCACCGUCUCAAACUCCUGCGGCGGCAGAAAUUGUCACCGGAAACACGUCGAGGACGGGUGAACUCUUCGAUCAACGCGGUAAUUUCAUCGUCUGAAUUUCGGUUUUUCUUUCGGUUUUACUUUUCAUUUAUUUAGUCUGUGAAAAUGUCGAAUGAAGAUCGUAACCGUGUGUUGCACGGUAAGUACGAGCUCGGGCGUCAAUUAGGUCACGGUACGUUCGGGAAAGUGUAUCACGCACGUAAUCUACAGUCCGGCAAAAAUGUCGCCAUGAAAAUUGUUAGUAAAGAGAAAGUAAUUAAAAUCGGAAUGACGGAACAAGUGAAACGUGAGAUAGCGGUUAUGAAGAUGGUGCGUCACGAUAAUAUUGUUAAUCUCGAUGAAGUCUUGGCUAGUAAAUCGAAGAUUUAUUUCGCGAUGGAGCUCGUCCGUGGCGGCGAAUUGUUUUCGAAAGUUGAGAAAGGGAGGAUUAAAGAGGACGAGGCGCGGCAUUAUUUCUAUCAGCUAAUUUCGGCAAUAGAUUUUUGUCAUAGUCGCGGUGUUUAUCAUCGUGAUUUGAAACCGGAGAAUUUGUUGUUAGAUGAACAGGGUAAUUUGAAAGUUACUGAUUUCGGAUUGAGUGCUUUUUCGGAACAAUUAAGGCAGGACGGGCUUUUGCACACGAGCUGUGGGACUCCGAAUUAUGUUGCACCCGAGGUUAUUGCGAGAAAAGGAUAUGAUGGUGCGAAGGCUGAUAUUUGGUCUUGUGGUGUGGUAUUGUAUGUGCUUUUAGCUGGAUUUAUGCCGUUUCAUGAGGAUAAUAUUGUUUCGUUGUAUCGGAAGAUUCACCGUGGUGACUUUAGGUGUCCGCCUUGGUUUUCAGCAGACGCGAGAAGGCUUAUUGUCAGAAUGUUGGAUCCGAAUCCGAAUUCUAGGAUUUCCAUCUCCAAAAUUAUGCAGACUUCGUGGAUGAAAAAGGCGGUGCCGAGAAGUGUAGAAAAGGAAGAGGAUCCUCAGGGAUGUGAAGGUAAACAGAUAGAAACACUGAAUGCUUUUCACAUAAUUUCAUUGUCGCAAGGUUUUGAUUUGUCGGCUUUGUUUGAAAAUGAAAAGAAUGAGGGGAAGGAAGAGAUGAGAUUUGCAACAACAAAGACCCCUAGCAGUUUGAUAUCGAAGCUGGAGGAGUUAGCAGAUAGUGCAAAAUUAAGUGUUAAGAAGAGUGAUUCGAGUGUGAGAUUGCAAGCAAGGGAGAAUGGAAGAAAAGGCAAAUUAGGAAUAGCGGCGGAGAUGUUUGAAUUGGCACCUUCUUUGAUGGUGGUGGAGGUGAAGAAGUGUGGUGGCGAUACUAUGGAGUACAAUCAGUUCUGCAGAAAGGAGCUCCGGCCAGCUCUUAAAGACAUUAUCUGGACUUCAAAGGAGCAUGAUUCGAGGUCUGAUUAAUUGGUUUUCUUAUUAAAUUUGCUUUUGAGCUUGUUGCAUUAAUACGAUUACAUGUAUGAAUCUGUUUUUAAUUUGUAACCUGGAGUUGAAGAACAUGUUCUGGCAACUUAAAUUCUUUAUUGCAUCAGCUGGUUCUUAUAAUCA